UUCCGCUCCUCCGUUCUGAUCUGAUUUUAUUUGUGUCCUCUGCUGACUUGCGAAACACGUCGUGGUUUCGCCAAAUUCGGUCCAGUGUGUGGCCGGUCUAACUGGAAAAUGUGGUUCGACGAGGUGGAAAGCAUAGCGGAGCUUUUCCGCGGCUACUUGCCCUACUACUUGGUCAUCGCUCUACCCAUUUUCAUCAUAAUUUCGCCGGCCAACCCGGUGGCCGCUUCGCACGAGUUUCCAGUCUAUCGAAUGCAACAGUACGACUUGCACGGCGUUCCACAUGGUUGUCGCAGUGCUCCGAUCAACAUUGAAGCCAGGGCUCUGAACACCUGGAGCAGUGCUCGACACUGUGUGAUAGCCAAAAUCCAGGACCUGACCAUCGAACAGUUCAGGGACGUUGCGGAAAAGGCUGGUGCCCUAAUCGUAGUGCUCCCCUCUGACUUAACUGCUCUGUCCAUCGAGGACAGACAGAAUAUUUUGGAGCUUGAAGACCUGAUGAUGGAGCAGGAGGUCUCAAUUCCUGUCUACUUCACUCACUGGAAUCCCUCGAUGGAUGACGUGCUGUCCGAUCUGAGCACGACCACCACAAGCACUCCGCAACCAGCACAGGGAUCUGCUUUAGAAAAUCUAAUGCAGUCUGUUUCUGCCAAUGGGUACCAAAUUGUGGUCAACAGCCAUCAGGCCCAUGCCAGGACGGAUGUGGCGGUGGCAAAUAUUCAGGGCAAACUGUCCGGUCAAGGAAUGGAGGACAAAUUGCCAACUGUGGCUAUUGUUGCUCAUUAUGACAGUUAUGGAGUAGCACCAGAAUUGGCUUUUGGCGCUGACUCAAAUGGUUCUGGCGUUGCUGUCCUGAUUGAACUUGCCAGAAUCUUCUCCCAACUUUACAACUCUCAGCGAACGCAUGCCCAAUUCAAUCUUAUGUUUUUACUGGCCGGAGCUGGCAAAUUGAACUAUCAGGGCACCAAAAAGUGGCUUGAGGAUCAAAUCGACAGCAUUGACGGAUCACCUCUACAGAAUGCCCACUUUGUGAUCUGCCUGGACACUCUGUCCACGUCUAAGAACAUCUACAUCCACUAUUCGAAACCACCCAAGGAAGGAACAACCACUGCAAAGUUUUUGCAUGAACUGACUGAAGCAGCCAAAGAACUGUAUCCGGGAGUCAAUGUUGAGCUGAUCCACAAGAAGAUUAAUUUGGCAGAAAAGAAAAUGGCUUGGGAACACGAACGUCUCAGUAUGAAGCGAAUUGCAGGCUUCACCGUUUCAUCUCUGGAAAGUCAUCAAGACUAUGCAAGAUCAACAAUUUUGGACAAGACUGCAGAUAUCGAGACGAUUGCUCAGAAGGCAAGUGUUUUGUCCGAGGCCUUGGCAAGGUACAUCUAUAACCUGUCCUCGGAAGAUGUCUUCACAGAGAAUCUUAAAAUUGAUGAGACUGCCAUUGAGGGAGUGAUGGAUUUCCUUGUUGCCCAGCCUAGAGCUGCUCAAGUCUUAGCUACCAAACAGAAUCCUCUAGUCACUAGUCUUCAAAAUAUCUUGUCCAGAUACUUGAAGGACGUCAAGGUGUCUUAUCUCAUUCCUGACAAGCGAGACCCAGACUUCGCUUUCUACGAUGUAACCAAAGCAAAUGUAAACGUGUACAGUGUUAAGCCAGCCGUUUUUGACCUAUUCCUGACCUUUGCCAUUGUGGUAUACCUGGGGAUCACUUACGUUUGUAUCCAACACUUUAACAUUUUCUACGGCUUGAUGGCGCAUAUUGCAGUUCCGGCCAAGAGCAAGGUCCAGUGAGCCAAGCAGGUUAGACUUUUGCCGCUAAUUCCCACCCAUUUUCUAAAUUCCCCAUUUGCGAGACUUGCAAGCAAGGUUUAGUGCCAUUUGUGAUUGCGCGAAAUAACGACUUUACAAAAUUAAAACUGUUUUCAAUGCGUAUUAUUAUUUAUUGCGUUUUCAAGUUUUAAGCAUUAAUAAUAAUUAUGUUUGAUGGUUGAUUUGUUUGUUGAAAUACUAUUGUUAGUCCUCAAUAAUUAAGAUUACAAGAAGUUGGUCCACACGUCUAGAUGAGUAAGUUAGAGCAUGAGAAAGAGUGCCUUUUGGGCAAAAUUUUUACGAGGCAAAUCCCUCAAUUUCACUGAUAUGCGUUUCUCCUGUACUCAACAACCUGCGCUUAAUCAAAUAAACCUGGCCAAAAAGUAAUAAAAAGAAGAUC